AGAAAACGACAAUUUUUAUCUUAUCUACAUCACGUGCAAUGGUGUAGCCACAGAUUUUUAUUGUCAUUUGGAAAUUUUUCAACCAUUUAAAUCAAACUCAUUUUAGAUUACAUUUUUUACAACAUAUUAUAGGAAUAAUAAUCUAAUAUCAACCAUGGCUACUAAUAUCACUUGGCAUCCAAAUUUAACUCAUUCUGAACGUUCAGAAUUGAGAAAACAAAAGGGAGUUACUAUCUGGUUAACUGGUUUAUCCGCUAGUGGUAAAUCAACUAUUGCUUGUGCAUUAGAACAAAGUAUAUUAUCAAGACAUUUAAAUGCCUAUAGAUUAGAUGGUGAUAAUGUUAGAUUUGGUUUAAAUAAAGAUUUAGGAUUCAGUGAAGCUGAUAGAAAUGAAAAUAUUAGAAGAAUUUCAGAAGUUGCUAAAUUAUUUAAUGAUUCAUGUUGUGUAACUAUUACUUCAUUCAUUAGUCCUUAUAAACAAGAUAGACAAUUAGCUAGAGAAUUACAUGAAAGGGAUGGAUUACCAUUUGUCGAAGUAUACGUCGAUGUUCCAAUCGAAAUAGCUGAACAAAGAGAUCCAAAAGGUUUAUAUAAAAAGGCUAGAGAAGGUAUUAUUAAGGAAUUUACUGGUAUUAGUGCUCCUUAUGAAGCUCCAGAAAAGCCAGAAAUUCAUUUAAAGAAUUAUUCAGGUGCUUCAAUUGAAGAUUCUGCUGAACAAAUUAUUGAAUAUUUAAUUGAAAAGAAAUUCAUUUAAACCAAGUUGUAUAUAUAUAUAUAAAAGAUUAGAUUAUUAGACAUAUAUAAAAAAAAUAAAAAUAAAAAUAA